AUGAGUCAAAUCACCAGCAUCAAGAUUGAUUACAGUCAAGAUCCACAAGUCUCGUCUGGCCACUCAUCGUUGGACCGCACCCAGAAGGGACACGAACCCGGCAACGGAGAGGCAUUCAGGCAUUCCGUGUCCACUGCAUUUGGUAGUCGAUUCGGGACCGACGGCGACUAUGGCUCGUUCGUCAUCCCGAAGGACGCAGAAAAAGCCGAACUUGGCGAAGACGAACUCACGCGAACGUUCGACGCUAUCAUAGAGGCCCACCCAGAGAUACUCGAAUCCAACAAGCCCACAUCGGGAUUGUUGCAGCUACGCGAGGGUUUCGCUUCUUAUCACUCGAGAGGAAGGGUUAUUCCGGCUGUUGCCCAGCAACACCGAACUUGGAAAGCGACUCGUCAAAACCCAAGCACCGAACCACAAUCUAGACCAUUACAGAUGAGUCAGCAAUUCAGGUCUCACGAACCUGUCCCCGAAAAAAGUAGAUCGAUUGCGACGACUGGAAACGAUGCCUCUCGCGGAAACCUCGAGAGCAGCAAGGAAGCAGGUUCGGUAUUGACCAAUGAAUCUGUCCAGACGAGCGCCGGUGAUGCUGUUUCAAUAGCAAAGCGAACCAUCCCAAGCCGUCGUGAGCUCACCGAAGACGAGAUUGAACGCCGAGCCUGUCAAGGGUUCGCAAAGCUACCUAAAGUCCGGGACACCCACGAUCUCUGGCGCCACUGCUCAUACGACAUGGAAAAGCGUAUCCGACUGGAAGCGCGCCAGGCGGAGGAGGUUCUAGCUCAGGCAAAGGGUGAUAGCAUCAAACAGGACCGACGAUCUGUGGCAACGCCAAACAAGACCUCGAUCUCCAUGGGUGCAUCUAACAGCUAUAUGGGCACCUCGUUCGUCCCCAGCCAUGGCGUUGAGAUCAAGCGUGAGAUCAAGAAAGAAAUUGUACCUCGCCAAUCGAGACGAAAUAUAGGUUCCAAGCACAAUGCCACGCCUCUUGGUCUCGCUACGUCGGCUUCAUCUAUGAGACGUUUGGAUCCAGAUCAAACCAAAAGGGACGCGCCACCUCGACGCAGGAGAAUCAACAAUUGCGGGAAAGGAAGACGGAAAGCAGCAUCCGAUUGA